GUGUGCGUGGCUCAAGUCGCAGUCUGUAUAAUGGUUGAGAACAGUGGAAUCAGCGUAAUAAAUUAUCCGUUUACUCUCGACCCGUCCGAUUGUUAAGUGCAUGUGAGGAGAGCAAAACAAGGCAUGUUGAUGUCCAGUCUUGCUCAGUUUUCUUAGUGAUGCCCCAAAGAAAGUAGAAGGCGCCCGACGUCCUUGUCCAACCAUGGUGCGAAUUGGCCGCAGGUGGAAGCAUCUUUUAACCCUACCUGCGUGCGUCUACUUCCUUGUUCUUCUCUUCCAGUUCUUCAGUUUGCAUGUGACCGACCUCUCAGCUGCUGGAGACUGCGGCGGGAAACAAGCUGAGGAAAUGAGCCUCGAGGACGCAACAGACGCCGGCGCAUCGGGCGCGCUGAACUCCCCCGUCGUCUACAGACACAUCCUUCCUCCGGCGAAGUUCGAGGACAUCAAGUUUGCUCGAAAAUUCUCGCUUCCUAUUCCAACCACAAAUCAUAAAGAAUUCUUCGGCCUACCGGCUGGGUUACCGCCACACUACAGAAUCUCGAAUCACACGAAUACCACAGAGAUCGAUCUGCAGGCGCUUGUAACCCUUGUGAAACUUGCAACUACGAUAACAUUCAGAUGCAACAAAAUCCUGAAGCAAGGGGGAAGGACCUGCCAGAGAGUACCUGAUGGGGAUAAAAAAUUCUGUGCCGACGAAAGCGUGGCGCCCCCUACCAGACCGUGCAUAGUAUACUCCAUCGGAAUCGGCCAUGACUUCAGUUUCGACAAAGCCAUGGGAGGCUACGGAUGUGAUGUGUUUGCCUUCGAUGACGAUAUUUACCAUGAUAUAUACAAGCGAAAUCCAUUCCCGAGGGUUCACUUCGCCCAUAUCCGGCUCGGGAAGUCGCUUCUCGUCGACACGGAAAUCAACCACGUUAAGAACAGCACUUUUGAGUUCUUAUACCGGCCUCUGGAUAACAUCAUGUAUAUUCUUCACCACGAGGAGUCGAAUAUCGAUUUUCUAAAACUGGACGUCGAGGGACAGGAGUGGGAUAUUUUUGAAGAGUCGAUCUUCAAGACGGACAUCCUGGAGAGGACGCGUCAGCUGGCCAUCGAAGUGCACAUGAAGAAGUUCUGCGAGAAGGACCUUCCUCCCGCUGACCUUAAUGGUGCCAUCAGAAAGUAUAUCCGCUUCUACGAGGGACUCCAGACGCGGGGCUUCCAACUCGCCCACCACGAGCCAAACUACAUGGGCGACGAGGGCGUGGUGACCGUGGGCGGCAUCACCUUCGCCCCUUUGGCUGAGCAGCUGUGGGUCAACACGAGGGUGCGAGAGGGACGUCGGCCGAGUUAUAGGCGUCCUAUCGACUACUAUGUGGAUAAGUUAGAAGACUGAGAGAUAGGAUUGUUUAAAACAAAGAAGAAGAAGAAAGAAGAAGAAGAAAGAAAGAAAGAGAGAGAGAGGAGGAGAGAGAGAGAGAGAGAGAGAGAGAGAGAGAGAGAGAGAGAGAGAGAGAGAGAGAGAGAGAGAGAGAGAGAGAGAGAGAGAGAGAGAGAGAGAGAGAGAGAGAGAUUGUUUGAUAGAUAUAUAUGUAAAAAAGAAUCGGUCGAUAGAUGGAACUGAAUUAUUUAGAAAACUAAGGGAUAGUAAGGACCUUUAUCUGUCUUGUAGAUAGAUUGAUGAAAAUAAAAGUCGGUCGAUGGAUAGAAAGUAUAGAAGGAAUUGUAUAAGAUAUAUGAAUGGAACUUGGUGAGUUAAUAGACUGAGGGAUAGAUAAGAUUCUUUGUAUUAUUAUUAUAUUAUAGAAACAUAGAUGGAAAUAAUAAUCAGUCGAUAGAUGCAAAGGAUAGAUGGAAUUGUAUAAGUUUGAAGACUGAGAAAUAAGUAAGGAAUGUUAUUUUAUUAUAAUUAUUGUAUAAGAGAUGGAAAUAAAGACAGACAGAGAGAUAGGAAGGUUAAAUCUAUUUUAUCUUUUUUA